AUGAAGGAAAUGUCAAGCCUGGUGGAGAGACUUCGGGCUAGAACAGAUCGAAAGCCUAAAUACAACAUUCAAGAUUUUGGUGAUGAUGAUGAUGAUAUCAUGCGCCGCCGAAAACAACGCUCUGAAAUUCAGAUUUUUCAAAGGAUAAUUAGAGAUGAUAAGAAAGAUGAUUCUUGUCAAAUAUGUGAUGAAAGUGGGAGACUUCUAUCCUGUGAGACUUGUACUUACUCCUUUCAUCCAAAAUGUUUGGUUCCCCAAUUGAAAACUCCUCUUCCUAGAAACUGGAGGUGUCCUGAAUGUGUAAGCCCUUUAAUUGAUAUUGAAAAGAUCCUAGACUCCAAAAUACGUCCUAUAGUCCCAGAUGAUAGUGACUCUACAGAGAUGAGUUCUGGUCAAUUGCCUGUGAGACAUUACCUGAUCAAGUGGAAAGGAUUAUCUUAUCUUCAUUGCACAUGGGUGUCUGAGAAAGAGUUUCAUAAGGCUUAUAAGGAAUAUCCUCAUUUGAAGACAAAAGUGAAAAAUUUUCACAAACGGUCUACAAUUCAUGACCCUGAGGAUGAAUAUUUUGGUAUUAGAACCGAAUGGACUACUGUGGACCGCAUAGUAGCCUGCAGGGGUGACGACGAUGAGAAAGAGUAUUUUGUGAAAUGGAAAGAGCUUUCGUAUGAUGAAUGUUAUUGGGAAUUUGAGUCAGAUAUUUCAUCGUUUCAGAAUGAAAUUGACAAAUUCAACAACAUUCAGCGAAGGCGUCGAACCAAAUGCAAUGUUAAUACUCUGGAUGCUAAUGAAGAGGAAAAGAGAGCAAAUGAUUUUCAGCCAUUUGAACACAAUCUUGAUUUUAUUUCUGGAGGCUCACUCCAUCCAUAUCAACUUGAUGGGUUGAAUUUCUUGCGUUUUUCAUGGUCCAAACAAACACAUGUCAUACUGGCAGAUGAGAUGGGCCUUGGCAAAACCAUACAGAGUAUUGCAUUUUUAGCGUCUUUAUUUAAAGAUAACAUCCAUCCACAUUUAGUGGUAGCACCUCUGUCUACAUUGCGCAACUGGGAACGCGAAUUUGCAACGUGGGCUCCUCAAAUGAAUGUAGUUAUGUAUGUUGGUUCUGCUGAAGCACGCUCUGUCAUAAGGAAGUACGAGUUCUACUUCCCUAAAAGCUCUAAAAAUAAAAAGAAGUCUGGUCAGACUGUAGGCGAAAGAAAAGAUAGGAUCAAAUUUGAUGUCCUGUUGACAUCAUAUGAGAUGAUAAACAUCGAUAGUUCAUUAUUUAAAUCAGUUCAAUGGGAGUGCAUGAUUGUUGAUGAGGGCCAUCGUCUAAAGAAUAAGGAUUCAAAACUAUUUGCUUCUCUAAUUCAGUGUGUAAGCAAGCACCGAGUGCUUUUAACUGGAACUCCACUUCAGAAUAAUCUGGAUGAACUUUUCAUGCUGAUGCACUUUCUUGAUAAUAGAAAGUUUGGAAGUUUAAAGGAGUUUCAGGAGGAGUUUAAGGAUAUUAAUCAAGAGGAGCAGAUUUUGCGUCUUCACACAAUAUUGGCUCCCCAAUUCCUUAGAAGAGUGAAGAAAGAUGUGAUGAAGGAGCUACCUCCGAAAAAGGAACUUAUUUUACGUGUAGAUUUGAGUAGCAAACAGGAAGAGUAUUACAAGGCUAUCCUGUCUCGAAACUACGACAUAUUAACUCGAAAAGCUGGAGCACAGUUCUCACUUAACAACGUGGUAAUGGAAUUACGCAAACUCUGCUGUCAUCCAUAUAUGCUCGAGGGUGUUGAACCUAAUAUACCAGAUCUAAAGGAGUCUUUCAAACAAUUGUUAGAAUCAUCUAAGAAGUUACAACUACUGGACAAGUUGAUGUUGAAACUUAAAGAGCAAGGUCAUAGAAUUCUGAUUUAUUCACAGUUUCAACACAUGCUGGACAUUCUGGAAGAUUACCUAAUCCAUAGAAAAUGGCAAUAUGAAAGGAUAGAUGGCAAAGUUGGAGGAGCCGAGAGGCAAAUAAGAAUAGACCGGUUUAAUGACAAUAACUCCUCCAGAUUUUGUUUUCUGUUAUCAACUAGAGCUGGGGGUGUGGGAAUAAAUUUAGCAACUGCUGACACAGUUAUCAUAUAUGACAGUGAUUGGAAUCCCCAUGCUGAUUUGCAAGCAAUGGCUAGAGCCCAUCGUCUUGGACAAACAAAUAAGGUACUUAUUUUAAGACUUGUAACAAGAGGUACCAUUGAAGAAAGGAUGAUGCAGAUAACAAAGAAAAAAAUGGUAUUAGAGCAUCUUGUUGUUGGAAAGCUAAAAUCACAUCACAUUAAUCAGGAAGAGUUAAAUGACAUCAUAAGGUAUGGUUCAAAGGAGCUAUUUGCUAAUGAACAAGAUGAAGUUGGAAAAUCCCGCCAAAUUCACUAUGAUGAUGCUGCAAUAGAUAGGUUACUUAAUCGUGAACAAGCUGGGGAUGAAGAGAAUAUUGUUGAUGAUGAGGAUGAUGAAUUCUUAAACACUUUUAAGGUAGCACACUUUAAUUAUGUUGAUGAACAGAUAGUCAAAACUGCUGAAGAUAUUUCUGCAAUCAACAAGCCCGAAACAAGUAGUUUUUGGGAAGAGCUUCUGAAAGAUAGAUGUGAAGAGCCUAAAUUGGACGAGCUUAGUGCUGUGAGGAAAAGGAAGAGAAGCCAAAAACUGAUUGAGUAUGUAAGCUCGGAUGAAGCUGAAUUAAGUGAUGCUAUUCCUGUUGGGAGGAUGACCUCUAGAAAGCGAGUUCAGGGUAUAUGGCAAUCUUCUAAUAACGAUUUUGAAACUUUUACAGUGGAUAGUUUGGAGUCAAUUCCUUUGAUGGAAGGUGAAGGAAAAUCAUUGAAGAUAAUGGGUUUCAAUCAAAAUCAAAGGGAUACCUUUGUCAAAAUUUUGAUGAGGUUUGGACUUGGUGAAUAUGACUGGGUGAAGUUCACUCCAAGAUUGAAUCAAAAGACUUACGAGGAAAUUAAGGAAUAUGGGGAUCUUUUUCUAGCUCACAUAUCUGAAGAGAUUACGGACACACCUACUUUUUCAGAUGGUGUGCCUAAGGAAGGGCUGAAAAUAGAUGAUUUGCUUGUAAGGAUUUCUUUGUUAUCAAUGAUGCGUGACAAAGUAAAAUCUGCAUCAGAAGAUCCUGGCCUUCCACUUUUUGAUGACGAGAUACUGCUUUGCUGCCCAGGCCUUAAAAACGGGAAGUCUUGGAAGGAAGAACAUGAUAAGUUGCUAUUGCGUGCUCAACUGAAGCAUGGUUAUGGGCGUUGGCAAGCAAUUGCGGACGACAAAGAAUUGAAGAUUGAAGAACUGAUUUGUGAGGAGCUGAAUCUUCCUUUAGUGAAUGAAACGGAGUUUCCUUCAGUGAACCAACACAGAGAAAAUAGAAGAAAGGUGGAGUUCGUUAAGAGACGGCUUCUUCUUUUGGAGACAGCGCUGACAUUGGAAUACCAAAAGGAAGUCUAUGGAUUUCCUGAUGUAUCAAUAAAAGUGGAAGAAGUUGAAUCUAAAAAUGCAGAGUCGCCAAAUAUGCAACAAUUUUUCUCUGCAGAAGAAAGCUCAGCAACAACAACUGAUAAUAAGCCUGAUCAAGGACUAUAUCCUUCAGAUUUUGAAGCAUAAUGCAUCAAUCUUCUAUGUUGUAAGCAGUUGCAGUAAAAUAUUACAAUUACUAUCUCUC